AUGCUUCUCCCUAAAGGCAGCAACAUGACGUGGAAGAGUGCGCGGGCGAGAUUACCGCCGAGUCGGGCGAUAUGGAACUUCUUGACGCGGACGCGCUUCUUACUGUUUGUGGCAGUCGCUGGCAUAAUCGUAUUAAUAUGGAAUGGCGUACGAGAGACUGCGGGCGAUUGGCAGAGAUUCUACUGCUUCGGACCAGCCAAAUCACCCAUGCAAAUGACACCCAACGAACAAGCACAAUGGGCGGGCCACUUACAAACACCCGUCAUCUUCAACCACCACGAACCCAUAGAAAUUAACAGCUCCAGCAUCAAGCGAAUCGACCUCAACCCCAUCACCUCCACCCCCCAAGCCCUUCAAAAGCAGGAACGAGUCCUAAUCCUCACACCCCUGCGAAACGCCGCCCCCUACAUCGAGCAGCACUUCGAUCUGCUAUACCAACUCACCUACCCCCACCACCUCAUCGACCUCGCAUUUCUGGUCGGAGACAGCACAGACGACACCCUAGCCGUGCUCGCAACCGAGUUGGAAAGGAUCCAGAGCCGGACGGACAAGAUCCCGUUCAACAGCGCUAUGAUUGUGGAGAAGGACUUUGGCGUGACGGUCGGGCAAGAUGUGGAAGAUCGACAUGGGUUCAAGGCGCAGGGCCCACGGAGGAAGGCUAUGGGGAAGGCGAGGAAUUAUCUUCUGGCGACGGCGCUGAAGCCGGAUCAUAGCUGGGUGUAUUGGAGGGAUGUGGAUAUUAAGGAUAGUCCCAGCAGGAUUAUUGAGGACUUUGUUGCGCAUGAUCGGGAUGUGCUUGUGCCGAAUAUCUGGUUCCACCGCUACAAGGACGGUCACGACAUAGAAGGUCGAUUCGAUUACAACUCGUGGCAGGAGUCGGAUACUGGACGAAAACUUGCCAAUAGUCUAGACAAGGAUAUUGUCCUUGCGGAAGGCUACAAAGAGUACCAAACAGACCGCAAAUACAUGGCCCGCAUGGGCGACUGGCGAGAUAACAAGGAUGUGGAGAUCCCGCUCGAUGGUAUCGGGGGUGUUAACAUUGUGGUCAAGGCGGAUGUGCAUAGAGCUGGCAUCAACUUCCCCUGCUACGCCUUCGAAAACCAAGCCGAAACAGAAGGCUUCGCGAAAAUGGCACGACGCGCGGGCUACGGCGUUUUCGGCCUGCCGAAUUAUGUCGUGUGGCAUAUUGAUACGGAGGAGAAGCCGGGUAAUGCAUGA